AUGAUACCCAGAGCGGCUCUAGCCCGCAAUGGGCAGCGCGCUCUUCAAUGGCAGAUGAGAUCGAACAACUGGCGUUGCCUUGCGACUGCGGCAUCAGGGAGCUUCUCAUAUGAAAUUGGAGAUGCUGGAGGGGUGAAGGUUGCAAGUAGAGAUCUUCCAGGGCCUACGACACAUCUUGCAGUCGUCGCAAAGGCAGGAACCCGAUACCAACCAUUGCCGGGGUUCUCGGAGGGUCUCGAAAAGUUCUCAUUCAAGAACACCUGGAAGCGGUCUGCUCUGAGGAUUACAAGAGAGACUGAACUGUUGGGAGGAGAGUACAGCUCUUACCAUUCAAGGGAAAACCUCGUCGUUGGCGCAAAAUUCCUCAGAGAUGACUUGCCUUACUUCGCCGAGCUAAUAGGAGAGGUCAUAUCCCAAACCAAGUACACCGCCCACGAGCUUCACGAAGAGGUCGAGCCAAAUAUGAACUUUUCAAGAAAGGAGCUGCUCGGUAAUCCUCUCGAGUUUGCCAUGAACUCAGCUCACGGUGUCGCGUUUCAUCGUGGCCUUGGGAACUCUCUCCACCCGUCUUCGUCCACGCCGAUGACCAAAUACCUCAAUGAAAACCGUCUCCAGCAGUACAGCCGUGUCGCGUAUGCCAAGUCAAACUUCGCCGUUGUCGCCAAUGGUGCCGACCACCAAGAGCUAUCGAAAUGGAUUAAUGAGUUCUUUACCGAAUUAGAUCAAUCACCGCCGCAGGACUUUCCGUCAACUGGCACAGAAUCUACCAAAUACUACGGCGGUGAGGAGCGUAUAGCUCAUGACUCUGGAAAUACUAUGGUCAUCGCUUUCCCUGGGUCAGGAUCGGCAACAGGAAAUUCGUACAAACCAGAGAGUCAGGUCCUGGCAGCGCUACUUGGAGGCCAAUCAAAUAUCAAAUGGACGCCAGGCUUUUCCCUGCUGUCCAAGGCCACUGCCGCUUAUCCACAAGCACACACUGCCACCGCACAUCAUACAUACUCCGACGCAGGGCUACUUACCAUUUCAAUGUACGGCAAUGCUGAUCAGAUAAGGCAAGCUAGUCAAGAAGUUGUCAAGGCUAUCAAAAGCGUGGCCGCUGGCAACGUCGGCAGGGAAGAAAUCAAAAAGGCUGUUGCGGCAGCAAAGUUUAAAGCGCUGGAAUCGGGCCAAAAUAUGAAUACAGGCAUUGAGCUGACAGGUGCUGGACUGGUACAAGGCGGCAAAGCCUUCCAGAUUGAUGAGCUUGGGAAGUCUAUUGAUACCGUUACCGAAGAUCAAGUCAAGACGGUUGCGAAAUCUCUGCUGGACGGAAGAGCAACGGUCUCAACCGUCGGUGACUUGUUUAUACUACCCUUUGCGGAGGAGAUAGGCCUGAAUGUGUGA